AUGUCACUGAAACCGACUAAGAAACCAAGUGGUGAGCCUGAAAAACUGAAGCGGGAGGAUAGGGAUAAACCUACAUUCAAUAAAGAUGCAAGUCCCUUUUCUCCGUCUGAAUACUCUCAACCUUCAGAUCCUUCUGAGUUGACUUACCAACCACCACCUUCACCAUUUCAAGCUUCAAAACCACUUAUCAGAAAAUCAACUACCAAUGCAUCACCAACAAGCUCUUAUGCAUCCACUGCACUGUAUGAAGUUAUUUUAAACAAUAUUCCUAAUAGCAUUAGCCAAAAUGAUCUUCAUCAAUUCAUAGAUUCUUGCAUUAAAGAAGAUCAUUUUCAUAUCAUAGAAUUUAACAAAGGUAGUACUAAUACUAGUAGCAACAGCAACACUACCACCACAGCGGUAUUAAAAAUCACCAAUUUAUUGACAUAUCAUAAAAUCAAAACUAAUUUAUCCCAAGCUGAACUAGAAGGAAACAUUAUUGAGGUGAAAUUGAAGGAAACCGACACACCACAUUCAUCAUCAGCUUCACCAGUACCAGAUCCACACUUCAACCCACAAUUUGUACCUCCACUACAAGCAUUCCCUUAUUGGAGACAAGUUCCUUUUUCUCACCGUAAUUCAUCCUCAUCAAUAUCCACAUCCCAGAGAGUUCCAUCAUCAUCAUCGAAUCGAACAUCAGUUGAUUCGAGACGUACAAGUUCAAAGACCAGUAACUCAACACAAAGUUCAAUAUCUUCCAUGGGAACAAGUCAACGAAGUUCAACUGCCUCAUCGGUAGGUAAUGAUUUGCUGUUUCCCAAGAAACCUGCACCUCCAUUUAUGUUGAGAAUGGCCCAAAACCGAGAUCGUAAUACUAGUUCUCCGGAAUCUUUUGUUUCCAACACUGAAGACUCUCAAAGUGAUACUAUAGUACAACUGGAGCAGUACCGCCGACUGGAAGGGCCAGAACUGGGACAGGGACCGGGACCAGGGCAGGGGCAGGAACCGAAACUAGAACAAAUAAAGGAAAAGGAAAAGGAUAAAGAAGAUGUUGGAGAUGAAAAUGAAUAUGAAGAUGAGUAUAUUUUGAUUCGUUCUGGCGAUGGUGAAAAUCCCGACGAGGUGAUUAAAGUGAACCCCAAGAGAUUAUUCAUUGGUAAUGUUCCCUACAAUUCAACUUGGACAUCAUUGAAGAAUUUCCUAAUCACGAAAUCACUUGAAUUAGAACCAGAUAAUAAUAUUUCCAUUCAUCGAGUCGAGAUUCCUACUCAACAAAUUUUGCGCCAUGAUCCAUAUUUUUUAUACCAUCAACACAGAGGACAAAUGGUUGGUGGGCCAACAUUUAUAAACAAAAGUCGAGGGUUUGCAAUUGUCAGAACUGGCGAUCGAGAGUCAUCAGAGAAAUUGAUCCAAAUGUUUGAUAAUGUUGAAUUUGAAGGAAGAUUAUUAACUGUACGAUUCGACAGAUAUCCCGAUUUUAACAAUUAUACUGUUCAGCAGAUGUAUGGAGGGGGAGGUAAUAACAGCAGUAACAGCAUCAAUAGUGGAGUUGGUAGAAUGUUCCCUAUGCCUCCACAAUUUCCAAUUCAGCAGCAAUUCUAUCCGCAUUCACCAACAUUAGAUAGAUCAAACACUCGUCAUCACAUGUCCCAGACACCAUUACCUUUACCACAGCCAUAUCAACAGCAACACCACCACCAACAACAACGUCCUCAGCAACAACAACCUUCGAGCCCAUCAGUUCUCAGCAGUCUUGCAUUUGAAAAGAAUCUGUACCAACACAACUUAUAUUAUGGUUCCACGGGAACCGGAAUGCCAUCUGCACUGGUUCCUCCUCCAGGAGCAGUUCCACCACUUCCACCACCAGGCGCAAUUCAUCCAUCAUAUGGCCAAGCAAUGAUGUCUCCCAACGCUAUAGCCCAGUCUGCUCGUACAGGUACAGUAGAAUCACCAAGGUAUCAACAAUAUCAAUAUCUUCAAGGAAUAUUGCCAACGGGAUACCAACAAUCAGAAGUAGCUUCUAGUGGGGAACAAAAUUCCCCAUUUGUACAAGGAUUUUUCUGUAUGCCACAACCAUAUUUUAAUUCACCAGGAACAGGACAAGCAUCAGCUGCAGCGAUGUAUGUACCAAUACAGUAUCAUUACAACUCGAGGUCAUUAUCUCAAUAUAAUAAUUAUCAACAACAACAAUAUACUCAACAAACCCCACUUACAAUGCAUGCGCUACCACCACCACCACCAUUACAACCACCACCACCACAACAACAACAACAACAUGCACAAUCACCCCCACCUCCACCUCCACAGCCACCACAACAACGGGCAAAACAAAAUAAGAGUCUGACUUAUCUUGCAAAAAGCAGGAAUGUUUCCAAAGAAUCCACACCCAUGACUUCGGAAACUAAACAAAAACAAUCAGAUAUCACAGAGCCAGUAACAACAACUACAGCAGACAAUCGAGAACCUACUAGCACCGCCAGCGAGGAAGAAAAAGCAAGGGAAUUAAUGAACUCAAUUAAAGAUUUAUCAUUAGGAUAA